AUGGGGCCCCGGCGGGCUGAGACCACUGGCGACGGGGCCCAGGUACGGAAGACGUUCUUCAGCCUGGCCUUUUGUGACUUCUGCCUUAAGUUUCUGUUCCAUGGCUUCCGCUGCCAAACCUGUGGAUACAAGUUCCACCAGCAUUGUUCCUCCAAGGUCCCCACAGUCUGUGUCGACAUGAGUACCAACCGCCGACAGUUCUACCACAGUGUCCAGGAUUUGUCCGGAGGCUCCAGACAGCAUGAGGCUCCCUCGAACCGCCCCCUGAAUGAGCCACUCACCCCUCAGGGUCCCAGCUCCUGCACCCAGCACCGCGACCCCAAGCACUUCCCCUUCCCUGCCCCGGCCAACGCCCCCCUCCAGCGCAUCCGCUCCACAUCCACCCCCAACGUCCACAUGGUCAGCACCACAGCCCCCAUGGACUCCGGCCUCAUCCAGCUCCCUGCCCAGAGUUUCAACACUGACGCUGCCGGGAAUAGAGGUGGUGGCGAUGGAACCCCCCGGGGGAGCCCCAGCCCGGCCAGCGUGUCCUCGGGGAGGAAGUCCCCACAUUCCAAGUCCCCGUCAGAGCAGCGGGAGCGGAAGUCCUUGGCCGAUGACAAGAAGAAAGUGAAGAAUCUGGGGUACCGGGACUCGGGCUAUUACUGGGAGGUGCCACCCAGUGAGGUGCAGCUGCUGAAGAGGAUCGGGACGGGCUCGUUUGGGACCGUGUUUCGUGGGCGGUGGCACGGCGAUGUGGCCGUGAAGGUGCUCAAGGUGGCCCAACCCACAGCUGAGCAGGCCCAGGCCUUCAAGAACGAGAUGCAGGUGCUCAGGAAGACACGUCACGUCAACAUCUUGCUGUUCAUGGGCUUCAUGACCCGGCCGGGAUUUGCCAUCAUCACACAGUGGUGCGAGGGCUCCAGUCUCUACCACCACCUGCACGUGGCCGACACACGCUUCGACAUGGUCCAGCUCAUUGACGUGGCCCGGCAGACUGCCCAGGGCAUGGACUACCUCCAUGCCAAGAACAUCAUCCAUCGAGAUCUCAAGUCGAACAACAUCUUCCUACACGAGGGGCUCACGGUGAAGAUCGGGGACUUCGGCCUGGCCACAGUGAAGACGCGGUGGAGUGGAGCCCAGCCUUUGGAGCAGCCCUCGGGCUCUGUGCUAUGGAUGGCAGCUGAGGUGAUCCGUAUGCAGGACCCGAACCCCUACAGCUUCCAGUCAGAUGUCUACGCCUAUGGGGUUGUGCUCUACGAGCUCAUGACCGGCUCGUUGCCUUACAGCCACAUUGGCAGCCGUGACCAGAUUAUCUUUAUGGUGGGCCGUGGCUAUCUGUCCCCGGACCUCAGCAAAAUCUCCAGCAACUGCCCCAAGGCCAUGAGGCGCCUGCUGUCUGACUGCCUCAAGUUCCAGCGGGAGGAGCGGCCCCUCUUCCCACAGAUCCUGGCCACGAUUGAGCUGCUGCAGCGGUCACUCCCCAAGAUUGAGCGGAGUGCCUCCGAACCCUCCUUGCACCGUACCCAGGCUGAUGAGUUGCCUGCCUGCCUACUCAGCGCAGCCCGCCUUGUGCCUUAGGCCCCACCCCCAGCCACCAGGGAGUCAAUCUCAACCUGCCACGCCAAGGAGCCCUGCCCACCAAGCAAUCAAUGUUCUGUCUCUGCCCCGUUACUGCCUCAGGAUCCCCCAUCCCUGCCCUGGGAGAUGAGGGGGUGCCCAUGUACUUUUCAAGUUCCUCUGGAAUUGGGGGACCCUCAAAGACCGAGACCCCUGCCUCCUCCAUAAUUCGGUUUCCUCUUGGCUUUGGCGAUACUUCUAAAUUCGGGAGCUCCUCCAUCUCCAACGGCUGGGAUUUGUGGCAGGGAUUCCACUCAGAACCUCUCUGGAAUUUGUGCCUGAUGUGCCUUCCACUGGAUUUUGGGGUCCCCAGCACCCCAUGUGGAUUUGGGGGGGUCCCCUCUGUCUCCCACCAUUCAAGGACUCCCCUCUUUCUUCACCAAGAAGCACAGAAUUCUGCUGG